UCGGGACGCUGUUUUUAUUCCUACACUCUACCCGACCGCGCACCCCUCGUCGCGCCCAGCGGCCGGGCUCCCGUUCGCGUCGAAGGCAAGGCAUCCCGCGCCCGUCGACGCAAACGUAUCGUCGUACUCCGGGAUGGCGCGCCGCGACGACUCGCGCGGCCGGCGCCGCGACCGCCGCUUCCGCGGCGAUUCGCAGUCGUCGUCAAUGUCGACUUCGGCGAAAGGCGACAGCGGCGACAGCACGACGAGGGGGUCGGCCACCCCACUAGCGUAUUUCUCGGCCGGCGGCGGCGCCACCCAGUCGUCAAAGGUCAUCGGGCCCGGCGGCCGCCGCGGCGUCGGCCGCAGGACGGGCGGCGCCGCGAUCGGCGGCGUUCGCGGCGGCGUUCGCGGCGGCGGCGGCAUCACGUACGGCGCGUCGGCGGGCGACGGCGGCGGUGCGCGGGGCACUGUCGCCAUCCGUUGCGAGGCAGAGGGAAAUAUCAUCUCCGUCGGCGCGCGUUCCUCACGCGCUGCGCUCCUCUGGUUCGCUCGUCAUCCUUCGUCGCGGCCACUGUUCGCAGCAAAACGUCCUCAACGGAAGACAUAAAGUGUGUUCGCAUA